AAGUUUAAUAGUACAUUCGAACGAUUUGUUAUGCAUUUUAUAAAUAGUAAAAUUACCUAAAUUGCUACAAAGGAAACGUUGAUUAAAUACAUUGCAUUUUCUCUGUCACGUCAUAUUAUGUCCUGUUUCAAACUCCCUUUCUUCAUUUGUCGUCUUCUAGAUAAACAUGUGGCCCGAUUUUGGUGGGGAGUUGAAGAGGGUCGCCCUCGGGUUCAAUGGAUUUCCUGGUGGAACUUAUGCACAAGCAAACAUGAAUGGGGGGGGGGGGGGGAUGGGAUUUCGGCGGUUCGAGCAUUUUAAUCAAGCCCUCCUGACUAUGAUUGGAUGGAGGAUUCUUAACGAACCAGAGUCCCUCCUAUCCCUGAUUUAUAAAGGGAAAUACUUUCUGACAGGCACUUUCCAAACAGCGACCGCGAGAUCUGGCUCAUCUCAGGGAUGAUAGAGUAUUCUCCAUGACCGUCUCCUUCUUCAACGAGGAAUGUGAUGACAUAUUGGAAAUGACCUUCAGGCGUCUAUCCAGCAUUCCAACUGGGCCCCGUGUUCACAUCCUUACCCUCGGCAUUGUAAUCCUCUUUUCAUCCCGGAAAGGAGUGAUCCAAAGGUGGCCGAGCUUAUUGAUCCUUGGGGGGAAGGCUGGAGCUUCAGUCUCUUUUGCAGAUGUUUCCACUGGACGUAGUUCGUGGUAUCACAACAAUUCCCUUACCUCGUGGAGGAGUAGAGGAUAAGUUGAUUUGGCAUGACACAUGGAUGGGGGUGUUCACUGUUAAAUCUGCUUAUCACCUUGCGAUUUUGGCGGAUAGACAUGUAAAUGAGUGGCGAUCCACGGUCAGCUGGAUGGUUAGAACGAGUUGGAUGCGGAUAUGGGCGUUAAAGAUUCCGGCUAAGUAAAAACUGUUCUUGUGGCAAAUUUGCACAUGUAUCUUGCCUACUACUAAAGCUCGGAUUGAGAAACAGAUCCAGAUUUUACCUCGAUGCUCGGUGUGUUGGGCGGAAUCUGAAACAAUAGAACACCUCUUCAUGGAGUGUCCAAUCGCUACAGCCCUCUGGACUCACUCAGGAUUAGAGCAUCUAGGGCAGGGUUUGCCACGUCAGACUUUUCCAUUUUUCCUUAAGAAAUGUUUGCUUCGGAUGACCCAGUUGGAUCAGAUUAUGGCUCUGGUGGUGCUUCUAUGGCGUAUUUGGAAAUCUAGGAACUGGGCUGCCUUCGAAGGUAAGCAGUUCUUGAUUCCUCAACUGAUGCGUCAGUACCAUCAGCAACUCCAUAAAUGGGUGUCCAUACCGGAUGAUAGGUUGGUUCAGGAUCAGGUGCCUUUGCAACGUAAUCUGGGGGAGGUAGGCCCUUCUAUCGUCUGCAUAUGGGAUGGUGCGGUAUGUGUUGGUUCGCAUUCAGCAGGUGGGCUGAUUUUGAAGGAUGAUGGAGGGUCUGUGGUCUUAGCAAGAGACAUGGUUUUCAAGAAUAUUGUUGAGCCUCUUUUGGUAGAGACUAUUGUCCUCCGUGAAGCGACUCAGUGGUGUCAGGAUCUCGGUAUUGCUCAAGUUCUGUUUGAGCGAGAUGCGAAGGUGCUGAUUGAUAAAAUUAAUGCCGCAUAUGCACAAGAUAGCCGUGUUGGUUGAAUUAUUCACGAGAUUCUGCAUAUGAUGGCUCUGAAUAGUUGUUUUCAGGUUUGAUUUUUUGGUCGGAUUAGCAAUAGGGUAGCCCAUUCAGUGAUUAGAAAGUCCCUUUCUUUGCCUCCAGCUUCUUGUCGAUUGUAUGAUUUUUGUUCCUGGGUUGGUUCCAAGGUGUAAUCCUUGAUAUUUUCUAUCAAUCAAUAUGAUUAUCUUUUGUUAAAAAAAAACUAAAAUUACCUAAAUUCGUUUGUGUUUUAAAUUUUAUUGUAACAUCCCGUUUCGGCUGAAAUCGUAUUACUGUCGCUAGAAAAUUUCACGAAUUAAAAUCGACCAUUUUGACAGUAUUUCGACAAAAAUCGGAUUAUCGAUCGAUCGGAUAAGUAUACGUAUUAAUUAUAAUAUAUAUAUAACCACAUACCUUGAGUAUGAAAACGCUAUCUAGACCUCGAAUUAGCAGGAUUUUUGGGCAUGAUACUAUACCCUAACCCUUAAUGAGUGAACCCUAGGUCCUAAUUAUUUAAAUCAUAAACUAUAAACCCUAAGUGGUGCAUUAAUUUUUUUGCCUAUAUUUGGAAGAAUCAUAAUCGUCGAUUAUUGUUUCUAAUUAAAUUGAUCUUAGGAUAUAAGAUUUAGAGAAUUAAGACCUAGAUUUUGAUCUUUAAGGGUUAGAGUAUAGUAUCAUGUCCGAAAGAUCAGUCAAUUUAAGUCUGGAUAGCGUUUUCUUACUCAAGGUAUGCAGUACCCCGGAUUUCACUCUGGGUACCGUAGAACUCCCCAUAUAUAUAUUAUAAUUAAUAUAAAAAAAUCAAUUAGCGGUCAGGGCCACAUAUAUAUAUAAUUCCCCUCCCUACCAUUCUUUCCCAUCCAUCCCAUUUCUAUUCUUUCUUUGCCUUUUUGGGAUCGACAGAAGCAGAACCAGAACGCGCACAGGGUUUGAUGUGUUUUUAUCGAGAAUUUGAUACAGAGCCUAGAACUAACAUUGACGGGGAUACUGCAGGGGAUAUUAGUAAGGUCUCGGAUUUUGAUUCUGGGUUCGUUCGUGAAGUUGACGUUUUAGUACGGGAAGCUAAAACCGGUGUUUGAACGACCAGAACUAGUGAGGGAUUAGCACGACAUACCGGGUUUGUCGUAUCACGAUAAUUAUAUUGAUGCUUAGAAUUGACCUAGGUGAACUAGAAUGGCAUGAUUAGGGGUUUAUGAACUUUUGUGUUGUAUGAUGAACCCUGGACUGUUGUAUGGUAUUAUUGACUUGCCUUAAUCGAUAUGGACCUUGUUUAUGUUGAUGAUUGCAUACAUGUUGCCAGAUGUGGGUUUAAUUGUGGAUAUGUCUUAUGAUAGUUUGAGAAGGUGAUUGGGUAUGAUUUUUCAUGAUUAUUGUAUUUGGAUGCACAAGUGGGAAACUAUAUAUCUCAUGGUGAUAUUAUGAUGUUUAAGGAGGAUGACUUGCACGAGGGUUUAUCCCGAGGAAGUGCAAUUAUACGACUCCUGGUUAUGUUGAGCCAAUUGUGGCCAGGUCAAGAACAUGUCCAAGUAAUGAAUUAUGAUUAAGCAAGAUGAGAUAUGGAUCAUGUAAAAGGAUACCAAAUAAGAGUACUUUGGUCUCAUGGUCAAUUACAUAGUAAUUAAGGCUCCCCAUGCUAUUACUCCGUUAUGAUAUGUUAUGUCACACCCCUGAUGUGGUGUUGACCGUUGAUUCAUCAUGAGAUAUGACCACACCAGAGUGGUGUUGAGUCCGAUAUGACCACACCCAGAGUGGUGUCAGGUCCGAUAUGACUACACCGACAGUGGUGGGUCCGAUAUGACCACAUCCACGAGAUGUUUGGUCCGUAUUCCCGGGAGAGUAAUUAGCAUGGGAGUAGCCAGGCGCCUAUGAUUAAAACAUGAUAAGAUGCAUAUGCAUAAGCCAAGGUGGUUGAGUCUUUUGCCCAUUGGGAUAUGAGGAUGGCUAAGGUCCGAUCCUAGUGUUUUGGCUUGAUUGUUAGAUGUAUGAUAGGGGUAUGCUCUGUUAUGAACUCACGAUGCUAUGAUUAUCUCACUCAACUAUGAGCUGACCCUCUUUUAUUCUUCUUCUCUGCUUAUGCUAUGUGUAAGCAGAUCAUCAGCAGCAGCAGUAGAUAAGUGUUAGGUGGGAGAGGAGCUAGAGUUGAAGGCAAGAUGAGGUAUGGUCUUCAACUAUUCUGUGCUUGGACGACUACUUGGGAUUUUGGCCAGUGAUCCACACCUUUUUGUAAAAAUGUUUUAAGAACAUUUUUCAUGUGCAUACUAGCUUUUGAUGUAGUGUGAGAUAUCCACAAGUGUGGAAAGUUGAUGAUAUGUGUAUAUUUUUGUAAUUGUGUAAGUUGUGACGAUUAUGGCUUGUAUCAGUAUGGUAUGCAGUUGUGUAGUAUGAAACUGUGAAUAUGGCUAUGAAAGCCCAUGUAUAUGGUUGUGAGUAUAUAUGUUUGUCAUUGAAUGCAUGGAUUAAGAUGAAUUAUUUUGCAGGAUUAGAUGCAAGAACUGUUAGCCCAUUACCGUAGUAAUUCAUGUCUAAAUUUUAUUUGGGUAAAUUUCGGUAAUUAAUGUAACACCCGGGAUUAUUUCCGCUGCAAAUGCAUGAACAAUAUGAUUAGGUAAUACGUACAGGGUAGGGUGUUACAUUUAUUUAUAGAAGGAAAAUAAGUACACUUAUCUCCUUUCCACCAUAAACCCAAGUUUUCCUCAACAGGCACCUCAUGAGUACCACACACCCAUGAUCUUGCUCGUUCACAACAUCUUCUAGUUUUUCUAGCUAUCAAUCAUCAAAUCUUCGUUUCCUACUUUCCUUCCUUCAAAAAGCCUAUCAUUCCAUAAAUUACGAAAUUCUUACAUUGAAAAAUCAUGUACUUGUUCAAACAAUCUUGGCUACAUCAAUAAUCUCAUCGAAAUAUAUCUCUUCCAAUGUAUUUUUAAGCUCUUAAUCUUAUUGAGUUCAUGGUGACUGUAAAAGAGCCUCUUAAUCUGAUUGAGUUCAUGGUGACUGUAAAAGAGCAGGGAUUCUAUAAAGAUUUAGUCGAUCGUUGGUGAUUAGCAUAUCCUCCGCUUGCUUAUCUUAACCCUCCAAAGAGCUUGUGAUGCAAUCAAUUAGUUUAUGUCUUUACUCUCAACCACCAUAUGUAUGCUGAUUCGGGUUCAAUUACACAUGUUUUCACCCUAUAUUCUUGUGACGUUUGAGGCAUUUACAUCGCCUGGGGUUUGAUUUUACGCUAGGUUUGUGCAUGUUUUAGCACGUUUCAGGUUCUAGCAGGUGAAAUUGACCUAAGGAGCGAAAGUCGAACGAAAGAGGGCGAAAGCAUAUCGAAAUGGACAAAAGGCAAAGAUUGCGACCUGGGGGAGAUUAUGACGGGCGAGAUAUCGUGAAGAUUCAGCCUUGACCGUGAAGUUCGAUGAUUUUCGGGAGCAUUUGCAUGCCUCGUGGACAAGUCAGUUGUCAUAGUCAGUCAACCAUGACAAUUCCACCCGGGCCAUGAAGAUGCUAAAUGGAAUGGUGAGUUUUUGCCCUAGAUCACGAGCAGGUGACUCGCACGAAACUACACCACAAAUUAAUCCCGACUAGAGCCCAAGUUUUUAAACUCUAGCGGGGUGCAGUAUAGAGCAAGUAUUUAAAUCGUCAACCCGGGCCGGUCCAUGUACCCCUACUUCAAUCGCUUAAGUUGUUAUCUAGCAAAACGGUUUGGGUUUAGGUUUAUUGGAACUACAAACUAACCAAGCAAAUAAAAGUAAAUAAAGGAAAUGUCUAACUAAGGGAGCUUCACCCAGGAUUUGCUUCCCCCUAACUAGAUACCAAGACUCGUUGGAUUGGAACAAUUGCUAUGGGCAGGGUAAUUAUGAACCGCAGAGGGAUGCAUAUAUGGUCGGAGACCACAAUCUCAAUUUCUAAACCGACGUGAACAAUAUUGGUCGUGUCACUCGACCCUCUCGGUUUAGGCAAUCCGUAGUUGACUUACUCCCUCACUCAACUCAAAGGUUGGGUGGCUUAAUCACGAUUGACCGAUUUGCUUAAUUCAACAAUGAGGGUUGCCCUAAAUUAUCCUAUAGGUGGCUUAGAAAGCGGAAGGAAAACCAACUCGAUUGAGUUUCCCUUGGAAGGGGGGUUUUAUUCUCUAAGCUAGGUUAAGGUGGCUAAUUAGAUUGCUAGCAUCAACAUGCACAAACCUAAGGGUGCUAAGCACAAUCAUUCAAUCUAAACAAGUAUUACAAAGUAUUAGUUAGGGAUCUACAACACCCAAUAGAAAAGAGUGAGUUUCUAGAGAGAGAGAGAGGGAUUACAAAUUUGAGCUCAAGAUCUUCUUCUUCUAGGCUUGAAUCUUCCACCGAAGCCUCCAAUGAUGCUCCAAGAUCACUCUAGCACUCUCUAUCUCUCACUAGAACUCCCUUUUGGUGUUUAGGUUGAAACCCUAGAGAAAGAAAGUGUUUCUUCUCCAAAAAGCAGCUCCCCUUUCUCUCUCCACGCUGAUGUCUUCACAUUUUCCCGAAAGUGACCAGUUCAAGGACGCGUAGGCCAGUUCACGACCGUGACUACCAAAAACGCAUCUGUGCACUCAGUGUCGUCCAAAAUGCGCCGCUUCACUCUUCUAGGUUCACAGUCAAUGGCCCCAGUUCACGGUCUUAGAGACCGUGAACUUCCUUAUCAUCAAUAACUUUUGGAACCUCGCUGGACUACUCUAUGUUCACGGUUUGUUGUCCAUGUUCACGGUCUAAGGAGACCGUGAACUGCCUUGUCCAGCCGUGAACUGCGGCUAUUUCCUGGACGCCUUCACUUCACUACUACGAGGCAAUUGUCACUUCGUACUUUUCUUCGGUUUUUCGCUUUUUGACCUCCAAUUAUCCCAAAAUCUGACAUCGACUCUUCCACACAUGCUGGAACCUGAAAUGUAUCAAAACAAACACAACCUAGCGUGAAAUAUUUCGAGGAAUGAUGAAAUACUAAGCUAAACGAAUAAGAAAUGAUGGUUAAAAUGUGUACAUUUGGGCCUGAAUCAAACCCCCACACUUUGAUGUUUGCUUGUCCCCAAGCAAACCAAGUACAAAACAAGGUAAGCUUACAACUUCUUUUUCUACACUAUUUUUGGGGAAAGUCAUAGGGCUCAAGACAAAUGAAUUACAAUGGUUAUU